AUGUCUAGGAAAACUCCUUCAAUAUUUGCUAUUAUAGUAUAUCAAGGGAUAUAUCUUUUGGCGGGAAUUUAUCAAACACUUAGUAUACAAUAUUUAUAUUAUCAAGGAGCUGCUACCUUGGUUGGAAUAUUACUUAUGCCCGCAUGGUUUGCAAAAAGAAAAGUACAUGAGACCAUCAUAGAUAAAACCAAUGACCCAGAAUUUGACAUUGUAACGAAAGCUCUUAAAGAUUAUCAGUUAUUACCUGAAGAAGAUGAUGAUGGCGAGUUAUCAAGCCCAAGAGAAGUUGUAAAUUACUGCUUUAUCCUUGGUAUCUCUUUAUUGGAUAUUAUGGCUAAUUUUACAUUAACGCUGGGUCUUUUUUACGUUGGGAGCGGUAUGUAUCAAAUAAUUCACAGCUCGAUAGUAAUUUGGUGUGCUAUUCUCUCAUUUCUAUUUCUUGGAAGAAAAUUUUCUCGAGUACAAUCAUUUUGUGUUAUUGGAGUAUGUAUCGGACUUUUUCUUAGUUCAUUCGGAGCUUCACAAAAUUCCAUAACUACCGACGUUCCUACAAUACUUAAUUCACUUAAUAUAUCACCUAAAAUACUUGGUUUAAUAUUAACAUCACUCGCGACAUUUGGAAGUGCAUGCGUUUACGUAAUACUUGAUCAAUUAUUGACGACAAUUAUAGUACCUAAUGAGCUUCCACCAUCACCAGAAAAAGCAUGUUUUUUAAUAGGAACAAUUAAUUCAAGUUUAGUUAUGAUAUAUAUUAUAAUUUAUACAAUUCCAAAUUGGAAAUUACUUGUAAUAGAAGAGAUGGAAAAGAAACCAGAACAUGCUACUUAUUGGAUAGUAAAAUAUCUUGGUAAUGUUACUAUAGGAUUAUUAAAUUCUAUUAGAGCUAUUAUGGUAUUUGGUUUUAGUCAUAUAUUUUUUUGUAAAUUUGAUAAUGGUCAAUGUUUUACUAUUUGGAAAGGCUUUGGUGCUUUUGUAGUAAUAGGAUGUAUAACUAUUUUUUCUCUUACAAAAUUACAUUAUAAAUUCAAUCAAUAA